CCAAAGCAUCCAAGGAGAGGUCCAUCCAGGAAGGGGUUCCCAUGGCAACGCCUCCCUACCAGACCUCACACCCCGCCCCCACCAGACUUGCUUCACCCCCCCACUCAGAACAGGCUGAGGGGGAUUCUCAUUACACUGAGGACCCCAACCAAGUUCCCGCUAGAAUAGGGUCUCUUCUCACCCCUAUCCCGAGCAGACAGGGAGAGGUUCCCGUUUCAACGGGUGUCCCGAUCAGGCUCCCGCAGGACAGGCCUCUCAUCCACCCAUAGCAAACAGGUAGAGGUCCCCAUGGCAACAAGGCUCCUCACCACGGCAAGCACAGUCUCACCUCCACCUAGGACUGCACAGGCCACCCCAUUGACAGGCCACCUCCUUUCCAGAUCAGUCCCCUCCCCAAAGUACUGUUCUCUCUGCCCCCAGGGCAGAUCCCUUCUUAGCACAGAGCUGAAACUUCAGUCUGGGUUGGAUGAGGACAAAUCAAAGCCUGCCUCAUCUCCCCAACCAUACUGCUGGAACAUUUGGUCCGUCACCUUAGCUCCAUACCGGUCCCUAUUCAGAGCAGUCACUGUCCCUUCCUUUCAGCUGUUCAGGGUGCUCACCAUCUCCUUUCCCCCUCUACCUCCUUAUCUAGGGCAAUUGUCUGCCUUACCCCAAAUCCACCACUGGUUGGUAUUCAGGUUUAUCAGUGUGUUUUACCUGUCUUACCUAGGAGGACUCACAGGGCUGCCUCCAGAAAUCUUGAGAUCUUUGGCUGUGGCAAAGGAACCAAGUCCAGAAGCGCUGUGAAAUUGGGGUGGAAUAGAUGUAGAGGAAGCAGAGAGAUGGGACUCUGUCCAGACAUCCUUGUGCCCCACUCUUACACAAAUUCACUUACAUUCAGGAUCCAGUCAUUUCCCUGAUUUAAAAAUAUAUAAUGUGAUGUCAACUUUUUUCUUGUUCUCAAAAGCCAGAAACUAGGAGGAGGAAGAUGUAGAUGAGUGGAAAACCUCAGGCAUCUUGUUGACAGCCUAUAAAGAUGUCCAUUUUGGGUUAAGAUAGAGACAGACUGUUCAAGACCAUUGAAAUCCAAGGCCUCAGGAGUGUUGCUGGAAGGAACAGAACACCGACUCAGAAGCUAGGGCUACGAAGCCUAUGAUCAGUGGUUGUUGAUUGAAUACCCCUAUGUUUUAUGGUGUUGUGCAUUGUGAUAUGUGUGGAACUCUUACCUGGGGCUUUUUCUCCUGGUGGAACCUAGGCAGGUGGAGAGAUUGUGGUCAUAACUGUCGGGGAGCUGUUUGUAACGGCAGUCAUAGAGUCUAAUGGUUUUGCUUGACUCCUCUUGUAUGACUGAGCAGGGGACAGCAGAAAUAUUUUGACAAGGAGCAGGGAAAGGAGACGGGAGCCAGAAACACACAUUCUGGAGUGCUCGCUGAUGUCACACUUAGCUACAAACUUUACCUGAUCGAGUGCUUUGUUACAACGAAGGUUAUUUUCCUGUCAAUCAUUUUAUGCUCUUUUUUACUUCUAGUGCUGGUGAAAGGGGCCAGAUUGACAACCCCGGAGACAUCCCCACAAGUACAUCAGAGGCAACUAGAGAACCAACUCCCUUAAAAACGCACUACACUGGGUGCCUUCUCCCUUCCCUGGAGGGACACAGUUUAGCGGGUCCCCUUUCUCAGAUGUUCCUGGAAGAGAAGGCAGGGUGACCAGCAAGUAAGCUGUGUUGGGAUGGAUGAGCCCAGAGCCUCCUGGGGAAGCAAAUACCGCUGGCUGCCUCGUGCGGAGACCACAGCCACGUAACAUCGUUCCCCAGGUGAACAGACCCAGCUGCCUCGCAAGAUGCGCAUCACGUUCUGUCAGGGGGUCCUAGCGCUCGCCAUUGUCAUCAAUCUGCUGAUACUGUACUACGUCUCGAGGCUGCAGCAGCGGAUGUUGCACAGACACAGAGACCACGUCCAGCCUAGCUCCCGGCUGCUGCCUGUCCCCCAGAGGCCCGGGGUGACCGUCAUCAUCAGGGAGUUCGAGGACUUUGAGAACUACGUCCCUGAUGUGGUGCAGGCCUUCCUGAAACAGAAGCCGGAGCAGCCAGUCAUGGUGGCAGCAGAUACCUUGCCGUAUCCUCCGCUUGUAUUACCGGAUGCUCCCAACGUCCAGCUCGUGAUCCUCAAGCCAGCCCCUGACCAGCCUGCCCAUGUGUCCAGGCCUGAUAUGUACGUGAAGACGGAGUAUGUGGCCCUGGUGCCUGAUGGGGUCAAGGUUGAUUCCACAAGGCAGCUGGAUCGUAUGUUAGAAGAGUUCAAAGCCAACCAGGGCAGAGUUCAAAUGGUGGCAGCGCCCGUGCAGUCCCUCGCUCCCCUCCAGUGCUUGAACCUAAAGGUCAGCCUUAGAAAGUGGACUGCCGAAUACAGCGUAGCGCCUUCCACCAGGCUCUGCACAGCUCUGAAGGGAGACGCCGUGAUUCUUCUACGCACAAAGGAUCUCUUCAACCUUUCCACUCCCUUGGCCAAGCCCCUGCUGACCUCCCUCUUCAUCCAGACAUCGCUGCGGGGCUGGACGGUCCGAAUCCUUGACGUCUCCUUCUCCUCAGCCCACCAGCCUCUGCUCAGCUCCUCGCACAACCAAUGGAAGGCAGAGAACCGCGCCAAAGCCAGCCGGCUGCAGCUCUUCCGAGACUUCGGCAUCAAGCGGGUUCUCCUGGAGGAUGGGAAGCAGCAGUGGUUUGGGUGCAGCAAAGAGACGCCGCGUUGCUUCGGCACCGUCCAUGAUGAUACGCCGGAAUAUCUCUACCAGAACCGCUGGACCCCGCCUUGCUGUCUACAGGCCCUGAGGGAGACGGCAAAGUACGUCAUCAACAUCUUGGAGACCUCCGGGGUGCGUUAUUGGCUGGAAGGUGGGACGCUACUAGGAGCUGCCCGACAUCAGGACAUCAUCCCAUGGGAUUAUGACGUGGAUCUAGGGAUAUACCUGGAGGACAUUCCCAACUGCGACCUCCUCAGAAACGUAGAGUCUGGCUCCAUCGUGGACGAGAAGGGCUUUGUUUGGGAGAAGGCCAUCGAGGGCGACUUCUACCGUGUUCAAUACAGCGAGCACAACCACCUGCAUGUUGACCUCUGGCCCUUCUACCCCAAGAAUGGGCUGAUGACCAAGGACACGUGGAUGGACCACCGGCAGGACGUGGAGUUCCCGGAGCACUUCCUCAAGCCCCUGUUACCCCUGCCGUUUGCUGGCUUCACGGCUCUGGCGCCCAACAACUUCCGGAGCUUUUUGGAGCUGAAGUUCGGCGCAGGUGUGAUCGAGAAUCCAGAGUAUCCAAACCCAGCCCGGAAGAAGCUGGAUAAGGGGAAAUAAGCAAGGACUCUGGCUUCUGUCUCUGCAUUGGGGCCCAAGAGAGCAUUAGACUCUGAGGCCCAGGGAGCAGGGAUCCCUCUCUCUUGAACAUAACACUGAUACCAACAGAAAGUAUGAACCAUGCUGCUGCUAAGGGAGCUGUCUGCCCACUGCUGCAGGUACGGCCCACUAAAGCCAGGAGAGUUUACGCUCACCUUUGGGGCUGGGGGGAUUGUCUGAAGGGCUUGUGGCUGUUUGGAGGUCAGACACUUUGAACACCAAGACAGGACAAUUAACAAAGCAACCCAAGGGAGACCUCAUGGAGAUGCUGUCUCAGCGCGUCUCCCAAACUCCACAGGCUGUGGGCCUUGUGGGCCCCAGCACCACAGGACGUGCUGGCCACCGAGUCUGACUGACAGUGCUCCCAGUGUCCCUGAUUGAUCCAGGCACGCUACUUAAGCCUGGAGGGAACACCAGGAAGUUGUUUGUGAAAGGCAGAUCCCCAGCCGGCUGCUAGGACAGACUUUGCUCCUACCUGGUUUCUAGCCUCGCCCCGGCCCUGCUGCAGCCCGUUCCCUAUCCUGGCAUUUGACUCCAGCUCUGAUCCUCGGCUCUGGUUGCUGGCGUCUGACUUCGGCUCCACCCAUUAGGCCUAGCUGCCCAUGCCCUGGCUGAUCCCCGGCUCAGUUUUUUGAGGAAAAAGGAAAGGAGAAAGUGACAAUCGUUACAGCCAGGAGUUGGAAUAUUCUCAUUUAAAGAUUCAGUGGGAUGUUUCGGUUUAGUUUAAGCCUUCCUGUUAGAGCUCUGGGAACCCAAACAGGGCAGCGCGGGAUUAAUGUGGGAGAACGGGGAACCAAAACGGCCUCUAAACAAGAAGUGAAAAUAACCAGCCACAUUUCGUUGUCCCAAGCUGAACAAAGUGUAGAACCGUAACUAAACUGCCUCCACAGGGUAAAGGAAAUUGAGUUUAUUAACCCUUUGUUUUACUCAUGGAAGGCGUCAGGAGUAACAGAAAUGCGAGAAUUUAAUAAGAAAAUCCCAGGCAUUUGCCCCUUGGUCGGGGGAACCAUCCAAAUGGGAGCCAGGAGACCUGAGUUCUAUUCUCUGACUCCCUGUGUGACGCGUAGGACAACGUCCUUCCUCUCCCCUGUAGAAUGGAGCAAUGAUACUUCCCUCCCUCUCCCGUGGGGAAGCGCGAGGUUUGCUGUGUGUGUGUAAAGCUGGGGAUCUUCAGCUGAAAGGCAAAGUCCUUAAUAUAAUUUGAAUACACUUACGGAACAUCUGGUCCAGCAGCCAGUGCUUAAAAAUCCUGAGAUUGGCGGAAGACUCGUGAGAUUGUAAAGAAUAGUAAACGUUGGGUUCCUUCAC